CUCUUUACUGUCAUACUGACUGUUCUGUGAAUAUCUGGACAAAAUCAAAAAAGGAAUCAGUGAUCAUUUCAAGACAAAGGGAAAGACUUUCCAAAAGGAUUCUUGUGAAGUUUGUUUCAGAGUCGACAGCAGAUCUUUGGUGAUUCUGAUGGUUAUUCAUUAUUGAAAGCAACAUUCAGAAAGUGAAAGUUCAGAUCGUUGGAGCUUUUAUAAACAGUGAAAAUGGAUUCACUAUCUGUGGAAGAACAUUCUUGUCCCGUGUGCUGUGAAAUCUACAAGAAUCCUGUUGUUCUGUCGUGUAGUCACAGUGUGUGUAAAGAGUGUCUUCAACAGUUCUGGAAAACCAAGAGAACUCUGGAGUGUCCUGUCUGCAGGAGAAGAUCUUCAAAAGAACAUCCACCUUGUAAUCUGGCAUUGAAGAAUGUAUGUGAGUUGUUUGUGAAGGAGAGAAAUGAGAAGGAGAUCUGCAGUUUACACAGUGAGAAACUCAAACUCUUCUGUCUGGACGAUAAACAGCCGGUGUGUUUAGUGUGCAGAGAUUCAGAGAAACACAUCAAUCAUAAAUUCAGACCCAUCAGUGAAGUUGUUUCAUCUUACAAGGAGGAACUCAAUACAGCACUGAAGUCUUUACAAAAGAAACUCAAACACAAAGAAAACAUUAAAGGAGAGUUUGAUAAAUCAGUUAAACACAUCAAGACUCAAGCUGAGCACACAGAGCGUCAGAUUAAAGAGGAGUUUAAGAAGCUUCAUGAGUUUCUCCGAGAUGAAGAAGAAGCUACAAUCACUGAACUGAGAGAGGAAGAGGAGCAGAAGAGUCAGAUGAUGAAGAAGAAGCUUGAGGAGAUGAACACACACAUCUCAGCUCUUUCACACACAAUCAAAGACAUGGAGGAAAUGAUGAAAGCCAAUGACGAUGUCUCAUUUCUAAAGAACUUUAAUGUGACAAUGGAAAGUGUCCAGAGCUCACAGCCGGAUCCACAGAUGACUUCUGGAGCUUUCAUUAAUGUGCCACAUUACUUGGGCAACCUGACAUUCAGAGUCUGGAAGAAGAUGCAAGACAUUGUCCACAAGACUCCUGUGACUCUGGAUCCAAACACUGCAAAUCCAAAUCUGAUCCUGUCUGAUGAUCUGACCAGUGUGAGAUGCAGUUAUAACAGUCAAACAUUACCUGAUAAUCCAGAGAGAUUUGACUUCUAUCCAUGUGUUCUGGGUUCAGAGGGUUUUAACUCAGGAACACACUGCUGGAAUGUGAAGGUUAAAGGCAAUAAUAACUGGAUUCUUGGAGUAACUACAGCAUCAAAACCGAGGAAGGGACUUAAUUGCUUGAACACUGAUGUCUGGAGUGUGGGGUACAAUAAGAUUGGAUUGUUCUUAUGGCGUCCCACUGUGUUUCGUGUCACACAGAAUCUUGAGCAUGUGAGAGUUCAUCUGGAUUAUGACGGAGGAAAAGUGUCAUUCUCUGAUCCUGUAACUAACACACAUCUACACACAUUCACACACACAUUUACACACACACUCUUGCCAUUCUUCUGGAAUUGUGAUGUCACAUCUUCAAAACCUCUGAGGAUUUUACCAGUUAAAUUGUAACAACAGAAAAUCACAGUAAUAUCUGAUCCUGCUUACUGAAAAUCUCACAAGUAUUUAGUAAUUUAUGCAAUCUUAGAACAUUUAGAUUUCCAAAGGUUAAAUGUGUCAACAAUAACCCAACAUAGUCUACAAAAACUCAACAAAUAAGAUUGAAUGAUCUCGUCAGACAUAUGAGUGAGUAUUCUUAACAUGAUUUUUGUCAUUUGUAAAUUCAUAGAAAUCAAUUAAAUGUGAUCAUAUAUUUGAUAUUUGCUCCACACUUCAUCUUUACCAGUUUACUCUCAUCUUAACUACCAGUGACUCACUGAACCUUUAAUCUAACCAGGUCA